AUGGUCACCAAGCGAAAAAGAUCCGACUCGGAGAUAUCAUUUGCAUCCUCCGCGUUUUCAUCACCCUCACGGACAGACGGCAACAGUUUCAACUUCAACGCCAUGUCAGCAAUGGACACGGCGAGACGGGGUUUCUUCUCGCCGCGGCUGUCCACGCCAUCUCAUCUCCCUAGCCGCACGAUGAAGCGCUUCCGCGACAACCGCCCGUCCGAGACGGAGGUCUACCAACACACGCUCGGCCUGCUCUACUCGGCGCAGCAGCACCAGCAGCAGCCACCACAUACGCCGCCCAGGGCCGUGAACAACACCGCGAGCUCCUUCAUCCAACCCCACACCCACGCGGCAAGCCAGCACAACGGCGCCCGCAGCCAGCAGCGAUCACUGCACUCCUUCUGGAACCUGCCCCGGCCGCCGGCGACAAGCUCGGCCGCGUCCUCGCCCGCCUCGUCUGUCACAUCUCUUGCGGGCGGGAGGAGCACCUCAGUAUCAACGAGGUGCGAAGAUUGCGAUGCGAGGCUAGACGGCGGGAAUCUGGACGACGAAGGGGACUUCGUCGCGAUGGACAUUGACGGCUACGGGUUAGGAACGGCAGACGUAGACAUAUACGGCCAUGUCUGCGGCGCCUGCGGGAAGUCGGUCUGCGGUAGUUGCUCCGUGAGCAACCUGGGAGAACACCGGCGGUGUCUAGCCUGCGCUGGUCGGUGA